GGAUUCAGCUGAUUAAAAGUAUACAUUCCUGUAUAAUAUACAGAGUACGUGUCUUUCCUGACAACUAUGGUUUCAUGAAAUUGACGUCCUCCUGCAUGCAGUCAGUCUGUGGGCUGGUCUUAUGCAGCUGGUGGAGUCGGAGCAUUAUCGCACUUCAGCAAUCGUAGCCGACAUGCUUCUUUAAAGUAUAGUUAACACCAGCCAUUCCUUUAGCUAUUUAAACACAACCCGUUGAGCAGCUACAUUAGUUCACCUGUGUCUGAUGUUGUGAAUCUGUUAUGAAUCGAGCUCGUUUUAAAAGCUAGCAGGCUGGAUAGCUAGCCAACUCAGCUAGCUAGCUUGCUAGCUCAUUAGCUACAGACACAUGUUGCAUUACGUUUCCGUCCUCUUCGCCUCCACGCAGACACAGAUGUGUCAAUAUGGCACGUAGGAAAGAAGUAUUUCAGUCAAAAGUACUCCAGAAGCUUUACCCUGCAGCCCCCACACUGGAGCAGGAAGCCAGCCCACCAGGCAUAGUAGAUGCUCUAUCCAGAACAACCCACGUGAAAAGAAAAGCCUCUCUACAGGACACUGCCAUUGGAGAUGCAGGGACGACACAGAGUGCGGACAAUCCGGUCAGGCGGAUGUACACAGUCCUACCUCCUCCCGCUGACUACAAGACCGCUUCGGAGAAAUCCGUCACACUCCCCCAGUUAGAAAGCAUAAAUAGUGCAGAGGACACAGCUGAGGAGAGUGUCCAUGAUAGCAAUGCAGAACAAGAUAAAGAGGGAGAAGAACAGAGAAGAAAAAGGAAGAGAAGGAGAAGGAAACCAGCCCUCCACCAAGACUCUGGGAAGGAUGGAGCAGCUCUAGUGAGUGAGUGCCGCACGGGUCAGAGUCCGGCGCCCGCGGACGAGGGAGGAGAGCGCCUAAGCAGGAACAAGAAGAGGAAGCUGAAGAAGAAACGGCACAAAGAGAAGCUGCUGGCCAUGGGUCUGAUGCCCCGGGCCACUGCACUGGAGUUCACAUACCGGAAAGAUGGGGAGGAGGAGGAGGAGGAGGAGGAGGAGGAUGAUAACGAGAGGAGAGCUGCUGAGGUGUCAGACUUCCUCUGGACAACAAUGCAAAUCUAUAUGUCAGAUUCCUCUUUGCGUGCAGGCGAGCACCCCCUCCUGUCCGAGACUGUGAAUAACCUCCUGAGGGACAUAGCCAGCGGAUGCCGGCCCCCCUCUGUCCUGAAGCGGCUCCGCGGCCUCAAGGCCUUCGUUCGGCAGCAACAGGCGGACGAACUGGAAAAGGCACUGGGGGAGCUCCUCAACACUUCUCCUAUGACUGCAGAAGAAACCGCUGCAGUUGCUUCACUGUUCCAAUACUGGAUCACAGACAUUCUUCCCAUGCAGGGAGACAAGAAGACAGGGCUUUGUACGAUGCACCCAUGAGACGGUGACUCACCGACACGGAGAUGCCACCGAAUGAUUACUUCCAUUGCGCUCCAUCACGUAUUGAAAUGUUGUACUUUUUAUAUACUGCACUUCUAUAAUGUUGGACCUUUACAUGAUGCUGCAUGAAAUGUUUGUGUUAUUAAAUUAUUUUUUCCAUUUGAUCUGUGCCCUUGUCUGAUCCAUUUGCACGUCUCAUAUUGUACAAGAACAAAAGCGGUUAACACUGAGCUUGGCAAAUCGUUCUGCGCACCACAAGUGAGCUUGAAGUUGUCGUUAUCGAACCAAGCUGUUACUUACCUCCAUGUUUCCAACAUUUAACCGGUAUUAACAUAACAACCGUCCUCUUUAACGAACAUUCUAAUUGCCAGAGAAGCAAAUGUAAGCUCUACCGGAGCGCCGGUAUUUAUUUUGCAGAUGCUCUGACAUUUAAACCCGGGCAGUUCACCUAAUAGCUCCUCCAUUAUCUACAGUACACGCACCACCAAUCAAUCUCUCACCAAGUUACUAUUACACAUGCCUUUUUUCAAGUAUGCUGUUUCACCUUACUGCACUGGGUUAAGUAAUGGUCUUAAGAGAUGCAACACUGGUUAUACUUAGGGAUCAUUAGGGAUACCAAUAUUAGGAUCCCCAC